ACCGCCGCCACCACCGUUCCCCGCCGCCGCCGCUCUGAGCGCCGCCGCCGCUCUUCGCCGUUACCGCCGCGCCGGGAGACCGCGCCCCGCACCGGCACCACGAUGCUCCGCCAAGGGGCCCUCGCGGAGCUGCUGCUGGUGCUGCUGGGGCUGAAGGUGCCUGGGGCUGCCAGCUGCCCCACCGACUGCGUCUGCUACCCUUCACCCAUGACCGUCAGCUGCCAGGCCCACAACUUCGUCACCAUCCCCGAGGGCAUCCCCGAGGACAGCGAGCGGAUCUUCCUGCAGAACAACCAGAUCACCCUGCUGCUGCGGGGCCACUUCAGCCCCUCCAUGGUCACCCUCUGGAUCUACUCCAACAACAUCACCUUCAUCGACCCCAACACCUUCGAGGGGUUCGUCAACCUGGAAGAGCUGGACCUGGGGGACAACCGCUACCUGAGGGCUUUGGCAGCCAACACUUUCCAAGGGCUGGUGAAACUCCAUGCCUUGUACCUGUACAAGUGUGGGCUCAGCUCCCUUCCCAGUGGGAUUUUUGGUGGCCUCCACAACCUACAAUACCUUUACCUGCAAGACAACCACAUUGAGUUCCUCCAGGACGACAUUUUUGUUGACUUGGUAAACCUCAGCCAUCUUUUUCUCCAUGGAAACAAGCUUUGGAGCCUCCACCAGAACACGUUCCGGGGGUUAAUAAACCUGGACAGGCUCCUCAUCCAUCAGAAUCAGCUGCAGUGGAUUCACAGGCGGGCGUUCCACGACCUCCGGCGACUGACCACCCUGUUCCUGUUCAACAACAGCCUCUCGGAGCUGCAGGGGGACUGCCUGGCCCACCUGGGGGCCCUCGAGUUCCUCAGGCUGAACGGAAACCCCUGGAGCUGCGACUGCAAGGCCCGCUCGCUCUGGGAAUGGCUGCACCGUUUCCGGGGCUCCAGCUCCAACGUCAUCUGCGAAUCCCCCGAGCGGAUGCACGGCAAGGACCUCAAAGUGCUGAGGGCGGAAGAUUUUAGGAACUGUUCGGGCUCGGAGUCGCUCCACCAGAUCAAAACUUUCUCAGCUGCAGACAGAGGAGCCUCCAAAGCCCACCAUCCCCACCACUCCUCCAAGGAGAAGGGUGGCGAGAAGGGUUUGCACAGCAGCCAUCCUGCAGCCCGGCCGGGACCUCGCCGCCCUGCCAAGAACUGCACCAGCCACAAAAACCGCAACCGAACCCUUAAGCCGGGAUCGCUGGGGCCGCGCAAAAGCGGGCACGAGUUUCCCGACUACGUGCCUGACUAUCAGCACAAAUUCAGCUUCGGCGUCAUGCCCACCGGGCUCCCGAAACGCAAAGGGAAGUGCACCCGGCGGACGCCCAUCCGUGCGCCCAGUGGGGUGCAGCAGGCGGCGGGUGGCUGUGCAGGACUCGUGGCCUCGCGCCUGGUCUUUGUGCUGGUCUUGGUGGCCAUCAUGCGCUGAGCUCGGCCACGGCGGAGCGGAUCUGCACUGCGACCCGUCUACGAAGGACCAGAGUUUCUUUUCUUCUUCUUUUUUUGUACGUGGAGAAGUCUGCGGGCGCGGACUGCGGCGGGCGGGCGGAUGGAAAGGUGUUAGCACGCAUUGCGGCCAACAGCCGAGCCCUGCACCACGAGACAAAGCCAACCUUACCCAACCGGAUCGUGGGGACCGCCGGCGACGACGGCCGGACAAAAUGGAAAAUUGCAAAUUCCCGUUGAGCGACCCCGCCGAGGACCGCAAGGAACAUAAUUGCUGUAAAAACGAUCACCAAUUAAGCCUACACUGUUUCUCUGAAAGUGAGUGUGUGGACACUUCUACUCGUUGUAUUAAGGACAUUGGUUCUCCCACGUUUUAGCCCUUUUGGCUCCAACCCCACAGGCCAACGUUGGCUGGAAAUCUCUUAGAAGACAAUCUCAAAACCCUGAAUAUCUCAGGCACUACAGCAGAACAAGGCUUGCCUGCUGGGCUUGGAGUAGCCAACUACCAAAGGAAAGACUGGUUAGAGGUGGAAUAAUUAAAACAAAGCAGAGCAAAACAAAAACACACACACACACACAAAAAAAAAGAACCUAAGGAGAUGAAGUACCUGCGAGGAGGUGCGUUUUUUGUAACCGCGUUCACACAUCCAACAAACAAAUCCGACAAAUGCACAGGCCCUCCCCUCUCCUCAAUUAUCCAUAUGUAUGUCUUAUAAUGUUUAUAAACUAUAUGGAAACUAUAUCUUCAGAACUAAGGAUUGUAUUGUCGAAUUUAUAGCAGAACAGUAUAUCCUUUUCUCAAGACCACAAUCGGCAGCAGUGCCUACAAAUGCUGAAAGCCAUCCGGCAGCCUCGGUGCGCGCGGGGGACCAACGUUCUUAGCAAUUUAGAGCACUAAACUUUGGGAGGGGUGGGAGGGGGCUGUAUGCAACGCAACAAAGACCAUAGGCAGAGAGCCAGAGCUCACCCUUAUGUCCUAAUUUCUGAGCGAGGGGAGAGAGAGGCGGCUUAGCAGCGUCUGGUCCCGAUGCCACGGGGAUGUAGGGGCUGAAGGCUUCCAGCCACAUUGGUUACGUGAGGACCUUUAUAGCUGGACUAAGGUUUUCACUCAAGCAGCAGGUCUGUGGGAUGCAGGCGGCCCUGACAAUAUCAGGAGCGGUUUGGUUUGUGUUUUUUCUUUUCUUAAUAGGAACGGGUUUUGGCACGGGGAGUUGGAGAAGUGAGGAGUGCAGCAUGCACGGGACCUGUCAACAGCACUGUGCCCAGUGCUUCAGGUCCACGGUGGGAAAGAGAAUAGCCCCAGACAGCUGCAGGAAGAGGUAAUGGCCAGCUGAGGGAUGAGGAGCAGACUGCACGUUCCCCUUGGCCCUAAAUAAGCCUCACCAAGGACGCUGGGGUGGGAUGUGCUCACUGGGCUUUAUGCACUCACUGGUCCAGAUGUGCUCACCGGUCCGCUCUGCGUCGGGGCCACAGCGCAGCUGGCAGCAGCACGCAGCGCAGCCCGUGGUGCUGCCCCAGUUCUGCAGUCGGUGUCAGUUCCCUGUCAGCGUGGAUAUUGGAGAUAAAACACACUGAGGUUAAUGCAACAAGGGAAAUAAAAGUGAUCUUGGAUGAGAA